AUGGCUUCAGAAUGUCCUGGUAAGAACUCAUGGCCAGAACUUGAAGGCGCCCAUGGCGAUGCGGCAGCGGCAAAAAUCGAGACACAGAAUCCUAACGUUGAUGCGAUUAUUUUGCUCGAUGGAACUCCAGUUACUAAGGGUUUCCGGUGCAACAGGGUUUGGGUCCAUCCGACGGUGGCCAAAGGUGAAUUGAUGGGUUUUAAAGGUGAAAAGGUGCAUUGCCCACCGUCUGAUGCACUUUAA